AUGAUGACCGAGGAAAGAGCGGAGCAGGAGACAUGUCCCCCCUGCAGCUGCACGUCUCUAUGCAAGCUGUACACUGACUGCUCUAAAGUAUAUCAAACUGAUAUUUGCGUUACUUUUGUUGAAUGCUACGUUGUAUUAUUAUGCCACUUACUGUAUUUUUCCCUUUUUUUCCGCUCCGUUAAACCCUGGAUAUCCUGGCAUCCACCGUGCAUCCUCCCAGUUGUGAAGCAACGCAUGCAGAUGUAUAAUUCUCCCUACCGCGGCGUGUUGGACUGUAUACGCGCCGUGUGGCAGAAAGAGGGCGCCGGCGCGUUCUACCGCAGCUACACCACCCAGCUCACCAUGAACGUGCCCUUCCAAGCGCUCCACUUCAUGACAUACGAGUACCUGCAGGAGCUGCUCAACCCCCACAGACACUACAACCCCUCCUCCCACAUGCUGUCAGGGGCCUUGGCCGGGGCCCUGGCCGCCGCCGCCACCACGCCCCUGGAUGUGUGCAAGACCCUGCUCAACACCCAGGAGUCGCUGGCCCUCAGCUCCCUGUCGGCCAAGCAAGGAGCCCACAGACAAAUCACAGGCUUAGCCCACGCCUUCCGGACGGUGUACAGGCUGGGCGGCCUGCGGGGCUACUUCAAGGGAGCGCAGGCCAGGGUCAUCUACCAGAUGCCCUCCACAGCCAUCAGCUGGUCCGUCUACGAGUUCUUCAAGUACGGACUCACCAAGCACCAGCAUGACAAGCGGAGAGCGCAGCAGAUGGAGGCGGAGACGUAGGAGAAUCACACCAAAAUCCAUCUCUACUGUCCCAUCGAGCAUAGCAGAGAAAGUUAUUGUCGGGAAAAAUGUUGCGUUGCUUCCCAGCAUUGGAUUCACCAACAGGGGGCAGUAGCGUUAUUUUUGUAACUUGUUCUUUUUUUCUUUUCUUUUUUUUUUACCCAAGCAAUUCAGAGGCCGAACCAAUUAUAGUACGGAAAUGAUUGGCAUCCUGCAAAGUCUUUAAAAUAUUGAUUAAGAAAUGAGCGAUUAUCAGGAAUUAAGCACUGCAAAUUGUUUAAUAUAUAAAAUGAUAUGAAACUAGGGAUCAAGUGAUGGAUCUGAUUAAUCCGAAGCCUAUAUUUAAUUUAUUUUGCCCUUUUUUUUAUAUUAGCAUUUGUUUCCCCCCAUAUUUGCUUCCAACCUCAGUACUUCUCAGCUACUCACCAUUAUUGCCUUGUAUGCAGUUCCAACCCAAGCUAUCUUAAUUCAUAGCACUGAUACUACUGAGUCAAUAACAGCGCUUGGCUUGUAGGAAAUGAAUAAUGCCCCCUAAAAGUCUGCAUCUUAGGUCAGCUUUAUAAGCUAUCGCUGUUGAACCCAUGCUGAGUGAAUGGAAGCUGUUCUUACUGAUGGAUGUCUGGUUCCCACUCUCAAUUGCACUCAUCAAGUGAAUAAUAAAUUAUGAGCAACGGACAGUGCUCAUAAAUCACCAAAA